GGGAGCCUAGUGUCACAAACAUUGGAUUAGGCCCUGUCCAAUGAUGAUGCUCACGAGAUUAUUCCAGCAGCCUCUAAAAAAAGCCUUCCCCUUCACUCUGCACUCAGACGGUGGUAGCCCUGGAACCCUGGCUGAGGGUUCCUCUUGCACAUAGUAAUGACAUUUUACCAAAUACUUCUCCUGCUCUCUGUGGCUGUGGCUCCUGUGGCCGCACACAGUUCCCACCGGACGAAAAGAGGGUUACUUGAGCUUGCAGGAGCCAUCAAAUGCAGCACUGGGAGAUCUGCUUUGGCUUACAUGAUGUAUGGAUGCUACUGUGGGUUGGGGGGUGAGGGGUGGCCCCGUGACAGAGCAGACUGGUGUUGCCACAAGCAUGACUGCUGUUACGGAGAUGCAGAACGUCUUGGCUGCUACACCAAAACUGCCAAAUAUCACUGGACCUGCGAGGACAGGGAAGCUGAGUGCGAGAAUUUAGAGGACAAAUGUGAGGAGUUUUUAUGUAAGUGUGACAGAGAGGCAGCCAAGUGUUUGAGAAAAGCACCUUUCAUCCAGAAGUACGCACUAUGGCCGGAUUUUCUGUGCGGCCACGAUCACCCAACAUGCAACAUGUACUGACGCAAUGUAACCAUCUUCAUUUUGAGUGCCUAUUUGUGAAAUAGCGUUAUAAAUACAGCCAAAACUGACUAAAUUAUCAUAUUUUCAUAGUCAUCAUUUUUAUGAGACAUGGUGGUACUUGUUAAGUAAGUGUGUAAGAGUGUGGGUUUAACUAAAGCAGAAAAUUAUAUACAUGUAAAUGCAGAGGUGGCAGACUAUCCAAAAGUUGUACAAGAGUUUACUCAGCAUUACUUCAAUAUAUUUUUACUCAAGUAAAAGUAAAAAAUAGUCGUCCAAGAAACUACUCAAGUAAGAGUAAAAAAGUAUUUGGUAAAAAGUCUACUCAUGUACUGAGUAACUGAUUAAAUUAUUAAUCAUUUAACAUUUAAAAAUCACAAUCAAAAUAUAAAGCUAAAUCGAAAUUUUGGUAUUUUAAGGACAAGGAUGACAAUAGUUCGUGUAAAUAUCAAAAUAUAACAAAAUUAAGCAAAAUAAAAUUUUUCCAAAUCAGUAUCUUUCAAUAGAAAACUUUUGAAACUUUAAUAAAAACAGCAGGUGUGUGUCUGGUGAAUAUUUGGUUAAAACAUUUUUUUUUUUCAUUCUGUGGUUAGAGAAUCCUGACAUUUACUCAAGAGAAGUGAUACUUCAUAAUAAAAUUACUCAAGUAAAAACAAAAAGCAUUCAAAAGUUACUCAAGUAAAUGUAAUUGAAUAAAUGUAACUAGUUACCACUCAAAACUGGUGAAAUAAGCCUUUCCCUUAGUCAAAAGACUAAACUUUUUCAAUUAGCUCUAAGACCAAGUGUUACAGUUCAGGUCACCACUUCCCACAAAGCUACUUUUAUAUGUGGAAGAGGCGUCCACUCCUUCCUUACAUUCUCUGUCAUAUCUUUCAAUGAAGCCUAAAAAAGCAGGGUGAAAUUUACUAAGCUAACAGUCUGAGCUCCUUUAAGUCUGCAGUGAGAUAAUCAUCAGCAGUUAUGUGUUACUGUCUAAAGGAGUGUUCACAACAUAGUUACAGUUUGUUGAGCAAUAGCUUUCCAGUGACUAAGUGAAUAGCUGUCAAAUUACCUAAUUUCCUGUCCAGGCUGUAAAAUAAUCAGGUGAAUGUCGGGUUUUCACAGUUUACUUUGUUCGUCUCAGAAGUUCACAAAAACUUCCUUCCAUGCAGUCCUUCUCCGCAGUAGAGGCUGGAGAUAUUUCAACUUCCAUGAAAAAUUAUCAACUAAUUUCUUGUGCAUGAAAUCUACAUCUUCAGCACUAGAUGGUGCCAAAUCCACAAACAAACUGUGGAAACACCUGAGCAAAAGUUUGACCAUUUCUGAAAUAUUUUUUAUAUUCGUUUAGUUUUUAAAGAGAAGACUGUUCUCACUCUUGAGUCAAAGCCUUUUAGUCCUCUUUCCUAUGUAUGUUCUUUCCAUGUACAUGGAAUGUAAUCUAAAUCUGCCCAGAUGUUACUCAGAGCCCUGUUCUUAUAAAGUCAGGAAAACACAGCUUCUUUGUUAAAAUAGUGCUCUGUCCUUAAGCUUCAAUCGAAAUGAGAGAUGCAGUUCAUGUAAUGUAUCCAGCUAAGAGCUGAAAGUUGAAUGUCUGGGUCAAAGCCUACAAACACUUGUUCAGUUGUUUUGAACCUUCGCCGUACAAGAAAGUCAAAGUUGUAAAGUACAAAAAUAAAGUUAUAUGAAGUUC